AUGAGUUCCUUCGAGGUUAUUCGAGUCGUUGGCGAAGGUUCUUAUGGAGUUGUUCUUAAGUGUCGAUGUAAGCGAACAGGAAGUAUUGUGGCCAUCAAGCAAUUUAAAGAUGCCACUUUAGAUGAAUACGCACAACGUGUGAUGUUGCGUGAGUUGCGCGUAUUAAAUUUACUGAAAGGAGAACCGAAUGUCGUGCAAUUGAGAGACACAUUUCAUGAUAAAGGGAGACUUUGUUUGGUGAUGGAGUAUGCGAGUGGGACUUUAUUAGAUGUGAUUCGUCAACGACCCGAUGGGGUUCCAUUGUCACAAUUAAAGUCUCUUCUUUUUACUCUUCUUGUGGGUUUACGAUCAUGUCAUCGCAAAGGAAUUAUUCAUCGUGAUGUGAAACCAGAAAAUACACUUGUGCGAUUUGGAAAGAUCUCCGUUAUCUGCGAUUUUGGAACUUCACGAACUAUUCAACCACCAUCCUCAACCUCCACAACAAGUGGUGGACUUCUACAAUCACCCAAGUGGCAUCAUCCACGAUUGACGGAGUAUGUGGCUACACGUUGGUAUCGUAGCCCAGAGAUGCUGUUGGGAAUACCCAAUUAUGGAUUAGUUUCCGAUAUGUGGGCUGUAGGAGCCAUCAUGGCGGAAUUGGCACUUGGGGAACCUUUGCUUCCCGGUAAAUCUGAAAUGGAUCAAUUGGCUCUUAUACGUCAACGAAUAGGUGAAUUUCCCGCGUCAUUAAUGGAAAAUAUAGAUCCUCUCUCCCCAAUGAAAGUUGCUUUAGCCCCUACGGGUAUUAGUAGGGGUAGGUUGUCAGGCACUGCGGGACAUUUUCUUAUUCGCCAGUACCGUCGAGUUCUUGGCGAAGAUGGUUGGGAUCUUCUGAGUUCUCUUCUUAGUAUUGAUCCAAAUAAACGAUGUACCGUUGAAGAAGCCCUUGCUCAUCCGUUCUUUGAAGGGUUAUCCUUGAACGGAAUUCUUGCACAAUCCAAGGAAACUUUCGUAGAUAGAGUAAAUGGUUCAAACAACAUGGAUUACGAUGAUUGUUUAUUGAAUAAUAAUGUUAAUAAUAAUAAUAAUAAUAAUAAUAAUAAUAAUAAUAAUAAUAAUGUUAAUAGUAAUAGUAAUAAUGGUAUUAAUUGUAGGAACCUUGUGCGAGAUAAAUGGUUUGGA